GGGAUUGUUAAUUUGUACUUGAACAGCAUUCACCAAAAAUUUAGGGGGAAAUGUUUUCUGCUGGUGCAACAACGACAAGAAGUAAAAUACAUGUCUUUAGAAAACGCUCGCUGAUAUAUUCUCCAUUCCAUUUAAUUUUAAUUUUUAUAAGACAAAAUCGGUGAAAAUAGUAUAUUUAAAUACAUAAUAUAAUAAUAUAUUUAAAGUAUCCUAUUUCAAAAUAAUUAAUUUUAUAGAUUUUUGACAUUAAUUUGCAUAUUGCCGAAUGUUAGCAAUCAACUGAUGAGACUUUACUUAUAAAUUUGUGUAAUGCUCAAAACCUUCAGGCAAACGACAAUGCCAGAUUAUUUGUAUUUUGCUAAACAAGGAAACAACCAAAAGUUUAUCAAAAGCCAUUGUGUACAUAUGUACAUAUUUGAAGAACAACAAAGCUAACGUGCGAAUUCGAUAUUAAGUCAACGAGUCAAUCUCAGCUGUGGUAAGAGUUUUUUUUGUUUGUUUUUGCGACAAGAAUGAUCAGCGAGUGUAAAUUGCAAAUAGCGGAAAUAAAAUGAGCGCAACAAAAUUUGAGUGGGGUAAAAUUGGUUACCAUGGAAGUAUAAAGUUUUUUGCUGCGUGUACACAGAAAAUGUGUCGGCAUGUGUUUGAAGAGCAAAAUAUUUAUUUAUGUUGCAGAGGAUGAAAUAAAAUCUUUCUUUGUCAGGUCUACGUUAACCGAACAACUUGGAUAAGCAUCCGGCCAAGGGCUGUCAGCACUGCAGGAACGAAAAAAUGUGUUUCAAGACUGCAUUAAAAGGAGUUAUGUAUACAUUCAUUACCAAAUUUACUGCUGGGUUUUGUUCAACUUAAUAUUACAUAAAUAUUUGUAUGAACUGAAAAAACAAGAUGGGCGAAACGGAGAACUUUUGAUCGCAGAGAUUCAAAAAUAGUGUAAAUAUGAAUAGGCAUACAUGUGUGCAUAUGUAUGUACGUUUCAUAUAUGUGCAUACAUACAUAUGUAUAUGCAUAUUCUACAUAUCCACAAAUGGCUGUGUGUAACUUUUCUCGUCUCACAUCAGUGAAGAGUUUAUGAUUAUAUCGUUGAACCGCAGCAGCGAUAAAUAAAAUAUUUGCAGCGGAAAGAAUAUUAUUUAUUUUAAAUUUUUUUUUUGUAUUUCAUAUUAUUUUUAUUUAUUUUAUUUUACUUUGUUUUAUUUUUGAUUUAAUUUAUUUGAGUUUAAUUUAAUUUAAUAUUUUUUCCAACCUCCAUCAAUCCCCUACUUUAUUCUUUCAAAACAUGUCUAACUAACUAAAUAGAAAAAAGAACAUCAACAACUCUCAGCUAACAACAACAAUGGCGUCUCGGAGCCUUCGACGAAAACAGCGACGACGCCGUUCAGUCUCUCGCAAACAAAACACAAACGAAAAAGGACAUCAACAUAGACAACAUAAACACACACACCCAACCUUAGUCACAUGCACGAAAGCGCGCUGUAGCAGCUGAUAUUGAUGAAUGGUUGCUGCAAAUACAGUGGGUUGGUUGGGUGGUGGUGAAAGGCAGUAAGCAAACAACUAGCAACCGUUAGAUGGAGAGUAUCGUGCCGGUAGAAAAUCACUCAGCAGACACAGAAUGACAGCUGGGCAAAAGACGCGACUGAGAGAACUGAAUUUUACCAGCGAAUGAACAAACGAGCGACGAACCCGAGCAUUGAACAGCAAUAAAAGUCUCUGCAACUGAAGGAAAAUUCAGUUAGAAAGUUACGUGAAAAGUCGCCACAUCGGCAAAAGUCGUAUAUGCGACGCGCGUAUUUACUGCAAAAAAUUAUCCUUUGCGCUGUAUAUGGAAAUUACAAUAAGUUAAAAAUAAAUGAAAAUUAAGACUAGAGGGGUUUUUCUACAUUGAAAAUAUGGAAAUACUAUAAACAGUGAUUUUAAAAUAUGUUAGAUAUAUAGAAAAAAAUAAAGUGCGGUAGCAAAUUUCAAGUGAGUGAUAAAAGUGUAUGUAUAUACAUAGGUACGUCGGGAAAAUAAUACACAAAUACAUAAACAUAUGUACACAUGCACACAAGCAUCGCAACGAACAUGCACAUAUCCUUGUGUAUCCUUUAAAAAUAAAACUACUUUGAAAUGAAAACCUUUCUAUAAAUGUUGUUGGCGAGGAAAGGCGGCGGUUGAGAAGUGCCUUCCACAACGGUUCUACAACGAAGAAAGAGAACUCCUGACUUAGCGAUUAGAAAAAUAUGCGUCGCCCAAAAUUUUCAUUAAAGAAAUACUUUUAUUUUACGCUUAUCUGUGCACUCCUGCUGAUAUUCGGUUUUAAUUUGCGGGAACAUGAAAUUUGGAAAUCAAAAAGCGCGUCGCAGCAAACACAGACGCGCUCAGCAGAAGAACAAGCCCAACAAUCCUUGCAAUACUACACGCACUCCUAUAACACUUUGCAACCGGGCAAUCAAGCGGCGGCGCUGGAGGCAGGCGACGGCGGCGAUGACUCGGAUAACGAAAGUGCAGCGCUGCGCAGGCGUGCGAACAUCAUCAGCACAGGGAAUUCGCUGCCCGGCGAGGGUGUGAAUAGUGAUCAAAGCGAACAGCGGCAACAAGAGCAAAUGCAUCCAGGGCAGAUUCCGCUGGAGCCCACCAGAGCACGUCUUUGGUUUUUCCGCCAAGGUGAGUACUAUCCCAAGCCAGCGCCAACGCGUGCAUCGCAUGGCAAACGUGGUGGCGGCUCAGCAGUUGGAUUGGGGCACGGUAGAAAGCACGAUCCGCGUGGUGCACGGCUCUUUCCGCACCAAGAUCCACACAGCGAUCGCAUUGUCAAUCAGUUAAUGUAUGUGCCGCCGAACUAUGAGAAGGUGCGCGCCAGCGGACGACUGAAAGUCAUACUCCUCUACAAUGGACUGGGUCCAUGGAAUGUGAAGCAAGGUCGCGAUGUCUUCCUACGCUCGAAAUGCCCUGUGGAUACCUGCGAGCUGACACCGAAUCGUGGUAGUGCCGACAAGGCAGAUAUGAUAUUGUAUAAGGAUCAUUUUAUACCAACUGGUCUCGGCAGGCCAUUGAAUCCAAAGCAGGUUAGCUUGUUAUACUAUCUGGAAUGUCCAUAUCAUACACAAAAUGUUAAAGUACCAGAUGCGAUUAAUUGGACGGCCACUUAUAGGCGUGACAGCGACAUUGUGACGCCUUAUGAAAAGUGGGUUUACUACGAUUCGAAAAUUCAUCAAGUGGAGCAAGAUCACAACUAUGCUUUGAAUAAAACGAAAAAAGUUGCCUGGUUUGUUUCGAAUUGUGGUGCACGCAAUGGCCGUUUACAAUUCGCGCAUGAAUUACAAAAAUUUAUAGAUGUCGACAUCUAUGGCGUUUGUGGCAAUUACAAAUGCUCUCGCAACACCGCCGACAAAUGUUUCGAACUACUCGAUCAUGACUACAAGUUUUACCUCGCCUUCGAGAACUCCAACUGCAAAGACUACAUCACCGAAAAGUUCUUCGUAAAUGCUUUACAACGCAACAUUUUGCCAAUUGUAAUGGGUGCACGGCCGGAAGAUUAUGAAGUAAGCGCACCACAUCGUUCCUACAUCCACGUCGAUGAGUUUGCCUCGCCCAAAGAAUUGGCCGAGUACUUGCACAUACUCGACAAAGACGAUGAGCUCUACAAUUCGUAUUUCAAAUGGAAGGGUACCGGUGAGUUCAUCAAUACGUAUUAUUGGUGUCGCGUGUGCGCCGCGCUGCAUGACGAAGACUCGUUACGAAAACCGCGUUGGUACACGGACGUGAAUGAUUGGUGGCGUGGUGCUGGGGUAUGCACAAACGGUUCGUGGCGUAACUUUAAGGCGCGCAAGGAUGUCAUACGAGAUGAUUAGUGGCGACUGCAGUUGGGAUACUGGCUGGCAAUCGCAAGCGUUGUUAUUGAAUAUGUUAAGUAGUUUAAGGCUUAUUUAUUAUUACACUAUACAUACAUACAAACAUAGUAGUAUACAUACAUAAUGAAUUGAGUUGCAUGUGAGUGGUUGUGUGGGUGUGUAUGUGGCGGAAGAGUGUAGCGAACCAUUCGUAGUUUGUUGCGCCUAGUCGAAUUUAGCGAGUAUUUAUGGUAAACAUAGUAGUAAGCAAAUGUCAGCUAAAUGUCAGGUAUUUUGAAGUUAUGAAACGCACACAUACAGUUAAACACAAAUACAAACUUAUUAUACGUACAUAAAUAUACCAAAUACCAAAGUAAGCAAGUAGGCUAAUUGCAUUAGGCGCCGAAGUUAGUGAAGAUGUAGAAAUUUAGGUUUAUAGGAACUUUUUGUAUAUAGCUAAGGGCUUAUGAAAAUUUUGAAGAAUAACAAAAAUGGUUUGUUUGUACUUUUUUUUUGCUUUUUUCUGUUACUGCCUUGUUAUAAAUUCUUCUUCGUGCUUUUGCUCUCAACCCACUUGCAAUUUAAGUUGCGAAUGAUAAUUAGUCAAAUCAAAAUAGUAUAUUAAUUUUAUUAUCUUUCAAUAUUUCCACUUUAGCGUAGGGACUUAUUAAAAAGUUUUAAGAACUGAUUUAUUUCGCAUUUAGUUGUAAUAAUUUUUUUAUGCAAAUAGAGUUCACGCUCUUACAAAGGCCAUAUAAACUAGGUCUCAAACUUUGUAAAAUUAAAAAAAAAAACCAAUAUAUUUUCAUCAAAAUUCCACACUUUUUGGUCAACAUUUUUGGAAAAAAUUCGAGUAUUCCGAGUUUUUAAAAAUGUUUUACUGGGU